UUUGAAAAAACUGGCAUCCCUCAACAUGUUCAGUCAUAAUGAAGAUGAUCUAAGGUGUAUGUGUUGUAACGAUGCUCCAGCAAAUGAAAGUUUAAUGAAUGGUACAGCUUGGGAAACAUACGUCCUCGCAUACUGCCCGUCUGGAUAUGUUCAGUUUCAAUAUUAUUACUUACAUAUCUGCUUGAAAUACGUACCAACGAAUUCUUCGUACCCGGAUGCCGUUAGCGAUUGCAAAAAAGACAGAGGGGAUCUCAUCAGAAUUGAUACGACAGCAAAGUACGACAUCUUCAAAAAUUUUGUAGGUGAACAUGCAGCCAAUGGCAAUAUUCAGGUCUGGGUACAAGGUGUAAAAGAAAAUGGACAAUGGAAAUUUCAUGAUGGCUCCUCAAUGCCAGCUGUCUGCCCUGUGGUUGAAUCUAACGUUACCGGUGAAAACCACAUGAGGAGCAUAAACGACUAUGACUUUGAAUGUGCAGAUGUUAAAGCCACUGUACUAUAUAAUUACAUCAGUGAAAAAAUCAAUUUCUAGUGAUAUCAGUAUUAUGCCGAUU